UCACGAAUCUGAUACCAGUCAGUUACCUCGGAAGCGUGGCGAUGUCAAAUUAACCUCCGUCUGCAUUUCGACGAGAUUUUUUGUUCCCACAUCAACAACAAUUCAACACCUUAAAAUACUUCUGUCGUGUCUGAAGAUUUUGAAAUAAAAAUCCAUAAAGAUUUUGUACUUUAAUUACAGCCGCCGCCGGUUCUGAUAUUUUUUGACAAAAACACAAAAUUCAAACCCCCACCCACCCCUCGGGAUACGAAAAAAAAAAAACCAUCCAAACCCUUGUUUUUGGUGCAAUAAUCAGCCGAGUCGAUACACGUACGUCUCCGGUUUAUAUAGAUUUUGAAAGCCUUUAAUACUUCUUUAGAUCAUUUUCUAAGUGGGUGCAAUGUGAGAUUAGAUGUGAAUCGUCCUUUAAGCCUUCAAUUUCAGGCCAAACAAAAAGAAAGAGAAUACAAAUAGUGCAAAGUUGUUUUAUAUAUUUUUUGAAAAUUUGUAUGUGUUUUUUUUGUUUUAAUUCUGUUUUGUUUAAAUAAGAAAAUGCAUUUCCGUUUAAAGGAUAACGAUUUUAGCCAUGGCCCAUGUAACACGGUGCAAAAGUGUUAAAUGUAUGCAGCAGUGCAUAUACUGCAUAGUGUCUCCUCUCUGCAUUUCAAUUUUUUAAAUCCCCAAGGGGAUUCAUGUGUGUGAAAUCCUUUUAGAAAAAUCACAUCUAGAUAAAAGGCUAAAAAUGAAAUAAAUUCAAAAAGAAGAAAAUUCAACAAAAAUAAAGGAUAAGCGUGUGAAUUCCAUUAGCUUCGCGUCCUCGUCUUCGUCCUUGCCGUCAUCGUCACCAUCAUCAUCAUCGUUGUCGUUAUCAUCGUCCUCGUCAUCAUCGUCGUUUUCGUUGACGGAUUUCGGUUGUCGGUUUUCAGUUGUCGUUCUCGUCAUCGUCAUCGUCCUCGUUCAUCACUUCACAAUUUUUAUUUUAUUUUUGUGAGUGUGCAUCCAGAAGUGCAACGAAAAUGUAAAAAAUAAAAUUUUAAAGAAAAAUAAAGGAUAUAAGUAAAAUUCUAGGAUAAGAUACAUAAGAAAAAGAUAUAUAAAAAUAUACUUUGGUGUUUUGCAUAUUAUAUACCAUAUGCAUAAGAGGCAGAGGGAAUAAAUUACUAAAGUGGUACUACACACUCAACUCAACUUUGAAGACGUCUAAAGCUGACAGCAGAAGAAGCAGCAACACAAACAACAAAAACAAACAUCAGCUCAGCAACACCAUCAUCAGACCCAGAGUAUACUUCAGCUUUAGCUUAAGCUGAUGCUCCUUGGUCCUUGCUCCUGCUCCUGAAUUUUGAUCCUGAUCCUGAUUCUGUUUCUGAGUCUCUUUGCUUCGUUCUGUAACUCUGACUCUUCACAAGUUCAGGAACCUGAAAAAAAACAAAGCGGAAGCCUCACUACUCUCAGCCAUUAACAUCACCAUAUCAACUUCAGUUCAUAGACAAAGAGGGAAAGAGAGAGAUUGCAAUUGCUCCGAUUGCCGAUUGCCAAAUGAAAAUCGAAUGAAAAUUACGAAUUCAUUAAGCCUAAGUGACAUGAUACCCGACAACGCCCCAUCGAGCUGCUGCCAUCAGAAUUGGAAUCUAACAACGCUCCACUGUGAAGCCAACUACGAAUCCAGUACCAGUGCCAGUGUUAGUUUUUGUAGUUUCAGUUCUGGUUCCUCGGAUAUUCACAGAUAGUUAUGGCAUGGACGGAGCAUCAUCCGACCGGCACGCAUAACCAUCGAUAUCUGCGCCAGCAGCACCAGCAGCAGCGUCAAUCGUCCACCCAAAUGUGGAGUAAUCAAUUCAACUUCUAUAACAGCCUGAUAUGCCAUGGCCCCAAUAAAUCGUCAAUUAGCCACAACAGCCACAAGUACCACCACAAUAACCACCAAAACAAUAAAAUCACCAUCAUCAUCAUCAUUGGAAUCGUCCUCGUUUGCGUUUUCGUCCUCAUCCAAAUCGGAAAUAGAAUCGUGCAGAGCAGUGCACCAUCAUCAGUGUAGACCAUCGUCGUCUCCGUCGUCGUCGUCGUCAUCGUUGUCAGUUGUUUGUCAAAAAAGGAACUCGAAAUUUAGCCUUAGCUCGUCCUCGCUCCUCGUCCUAAUGAUGUACGCUGCCCUGUCCGGCCAAUUGAUGGCCGAUUGCCCGAACCUGUGCGAGUGCAAGUGGAAAAGCGGCAAGGAGUCCGUUCUGUGCCUUAAUGCGAAUCUCUCUCAAGUCCCGCAACGCCUCGACGCUGGCACCCAGGUGCUCGACCUAACAGGCAACGAAAUCAGCAGCAUACCCCACGACACAUUCGCCAAUGCCAAUCUCCUCAAUCUGCAAAAGGUGUUUAUGGCCAAGUGCCGGUUGCGGACCUUAGAACGGUUUGCGUUCCGCAAGUUGAGCAAUCUCGUCGAGCUGGACCUGAGCUAUAACCAACUGACGGCCGUGCCGUCACAGUCCUUCGAAUCAAUUCCCGAGCUGAGGGAAAUAAAACUAACCGGCAAUCCAAUUUACCGUGUAGCGGCGGAAUCCUUCGUCCGAGUGCCGCAAUUAGUGAGACUGGAACUGAGCGAUUGUAAGAUAGGAGUGGUCGAGUCAAGAGCAUUUGCGGGGCUCGAGGCGACCCUGGAGUGGCUGAAAUUGGAUGGCAAUCGAUUGAAUGACAUACGUUCGAGUACGUUGACAGUGCUGAGCAAUUUGCAUGGCCUUGAAUUGGCCCGCAAUCAGUGGAAUUGCUCGUGUGCCCUACGACCGCUGAGGUCGUGGAUGCUGCGAGAGAACAUCCCCUAUGGAAUACCACCCGUCUGCAGGGCACCUCCCCGAUUGAUCGGGAAGACCUGGGACAAGAUUGAUUUGGACGACUUUGCGUGUGUGCCGCAGAUAAUUGCCACAGACACAACGGCGCACGGUGUCGAAGGGCGAAAUGUCACAAUGAGUUGUUAUGUAGAAGGUGUACCGGAGCCGAAUGUACGAUGGAUGGUCAAGAACAGGGUAAUUGCAAACCUCUCUGGGGAAUCAUCACCACGAACAUCCGCCACCACCCAAGGACGAAAGAUGUACGUAGUGAAUCUAUUGCGGAAUGCCUCAAAUUUGACAAUCCUAACCGCCGACAUGCAGGAUGCUGGCAUUUACACGUGCGCUGCCGAAAACAAAGCCGGAAAGGUGGAAGCAAGUGUUACAUUGGCAGUGUCACGUCGGCCGCCCGAGGCGCCACUCGGUGUAAAAAUCAUUCUGGUGUGCAUCCUGAUUGCUUUGCUCUUUGUCGUGGGUUCAUCGUUCGCUGCCAUUUGUUUCUGUUCGUUGAGGAAGCGACGGAAGAUGCGUCUGUGGAAUACGCCCGCAGCGCGCACCGAGAGUUACGAGAAGAUUGAAAUGAGUGGCCGUGGCAACAAUAAGCCACAUGACAUGCGGCAAUUCCGUUCGUCACCGAAUGUUGGCGGUACCGGUGGUGGCAGUUGUGGUGUCGAUGAGAACGGUUGGUUGGGAAGACAUAUGGAAAAUGGUGGCAUAGCACUUGUGAAUACAAAUGGCGAUGCAAGACGCAACGGCGAGUACCGAAACGUGCCGACCGACGACGAUGGCACCGGAUACGAGGAUAGUGACAAUAAUGGUUGCACAAGUUUUAGUUUGCCGUUGCAUCAAGGACUCUCACGGAAGGAUGUUAAUGGUAAUAAUGGUGGUAGUGGCAACACACAACGAUGGAAGGGAGUGACAUUGAAGAGCAGUCCGCAGGAGGUUAGGCGGAAAAACUCGUCAGGAGCGGAUGGAGACGCUGAUCUUCACAUACCCAGGCUUAUUGACAUAAGCUCUGGGCCAGAGACUGUUGCAAGUUCCAUAUCAAGUCAGGUGGAUGCGGCUGCACGCCUCUCAGCUGGCUACACAUGGUCCAGUAAGAAAACCUCUCCUCUGCUGGCCAAACCUUCGAAUGUCGCAACGACCUACAUCGGUGACGAUGUCAACUCUUCUGUGUUCUGUUCCUCACGAACGCCCGAAGUGGACUUCUUCGACAGCAAAUACCCCGACCUACUGGAUAUGUCAAAAUACACCAACAUCUCUACGACCCUGCCUACUUCGUCGAUAGUGAGUACAACGAGCGCUAUUGGUGGCGGCCUCUGCACGUUACCAAGAAAACUGAAAAACACGGGCAAGUACUUUAAAAAUUCCUCCGACAGUCAGUCGCCAUUGCUGGCUGACAAUUCUAGCAAGUAUGGCAGCAGCACCCUGGGUGAUGCGACAUACCUUGGAGACUUUGCACUAGGAAGACGGUUCUCGGCGGAAUCAUGUUCCAACUACACAGGUGUCCGAACAACCAGCCAACGAUCGAACAGCUAUCUCAACCUCGUACAAAGUUCCAAGGCAGCGGCAGGCAUUGCGACCAGUGCCCACCGGCGCAAUCCAAGCCUGCCUUCAUCACCCGUACACGAGGUUUCUACGACGACCCAUCACCAAAGAUCGUUCAGCUCAGCCGCAACACCCCUGCUCGACUUCAGCAGCCUAACUAGUCGAUCGGGUGGAGUGCCCCCGCCAUCGACGUCAACUGUCACCGCCUACGACUACCAUGCGGCCCAGCUGGAACGGUUCCUCGAGGAGUAUCGAAACCUGCAGGACCAGUUGUGCAAAAUGAAAGAAACCUGUGACACAAUUCGCAAGAAGGAAGCACCCCUCCGAGGUUCCAUGGGUCAUCCAACACAAUUUGCCGAUCCCGUGAUGUAUAAUGGUGCCCUAGGCAACACCCAGCUCGGUUCUGAUUGUCAUACCCCGCCAAAUCCUAUGAAGCAGAUGCUUAAAAACAAAGCAGUCCUACCAGGACAGCCGCCAGAACCACCGCCAUAUUGGCUUCAUCGAAAUGUCAUGCUAAAACGACUCAACGACUCUCAAACUGACAUUUUCAAAAGCUAACUCUCGGAGGAUAAUGGUUAAGUUUUCUUUUUGUUUAAGUAAAAUUGAAGGUGCAUUUCUCUUAAGUAGCUAAAAUUACAUACUUUCAGAUAAUAUGUAUUCUCGGUUAACGAAGUGUUUUCAAAAAACACGAACUUUUUCAAAUUCAAAUUAAAGAGAAAAAUAGAAGAAAAACCAAACAAAAACAAAUAAAACAGGACAGAUUUAUAUUUUAUAUAUAAAGAGAGAAUAAUAAACUGACUUUUAGUGUAAAAAACAUAACAAAAACCAAAGAGAAUCUUUAAUUCACUCUUAUAGUUUUCAUAAUAUCAAUUUCCUCUUAAGCCCAUCCUAAAAACUUCUAUACAAGGUGGCAACUUAAAAAAACAAAAACAUAAAAUAAAACACACAGUGAUGGUGAUGAUGAAGUUAACUUAAGUCUUUCUUCGAAUCUACACAUAAUCAAUUAGAUUAUUAUACAAAUAAAUAAUAAUUAAAAAAAUUAUAUAUAUUUAAAAACAAAAUACAAGAAUGGUGUGACUUUAUAUACAGUGAAAAAGUGGUUUGAAUCAAAAAUUAAGAGAAGAGACAAAUUAAGUUAUAACGAAGUAAAGAGAGAGAACAGAAAAUAAAGAGAAAUGCUAAAUCAAAGAUCAUUUUAUAGUGUAACUAUAUAAAAAAAAUUGUAAUUUUAGGGAAAAUUCAAUAAAUUUUAAGAGUAUUUAAGAUAUUAAAAAAAAUUAAGAGAAAAAACAACUAUAUAGCAAAACCAAAUUUAAUUAAUAAAUAUAAAUGAGAGACAGAGAGAGUUAUAGAUUUUUUGUACAUUUUGGAUAUGCGAUUAUGUGAGAGAAAUUAUAUUAAAAAAUAAAACAAAACGAAUGGGAAAGAGAAUGGGGUGGUUUUAAAGUGAUUAUUGAAUAUUUUACUAAUUUUCAUACAUUUUUCUCUUUUAAAAUAUUGAUCUAGCUUAAAACUUACUUCAAACAUUUGAUUUUCCAAGCUUUGAAAUAAUGGGGCAAGAAGCUGAAGAAAGCUUGGGAAGCUUCUGAGCCUAAAACUUAUUUCCAUUUUCAUAGUUCGUCAAUAAAGUUAAACUGCGAUAAAUUAAACUUAUAUAAGAGAAUUUCGGGUACAACUUAAGAAAUCUGGACCUAAAACAGUUCUAUGAAUUUCUGCUCAAAGCAGUUCCAUGUAAGUGCCAAUACAACUUAAAAACUCAAAGUACCGCCUUCACUGGCCCUUUCUCUUUAGUUAGUUGUUAGUUUCGUUGAAAGAGAUUCUAAGCUUCUUUUUAAUUUUUCUUAUGGUUAAAAUGUAUUCAAUCCGAGUCAGAUUAAAGAGUAACUCGAGUUAAACUUGAAGAACUUGGUCUUAUUCUACAGAAAAUAUCAUAAAACAUCCUUCCUCCCUUACUUUUUAUCAAAAAUAAUAGUUAACUCUUCUAUGAAUUUCCUCUUCGAGCAAUUCUAAGCCAUUUUGUGCAUCAAGUGUUAAAACAACUUUAUCAUCUUAGAGAGCAACCGAUAUCUCUUACUUUUUGCAGUUUCACUUAAAGAGAUCCUUAGCUGCUCUUUAAAAUUCUCUUUAGGUUUAAAAAAAAACCUUAUGCGGAAAUAAAUAUUUUAACUUAGAAAAUGGGUGUGACCCUACGAAUCUUUUGAACAAUUAUAUUUUUGUAUUGUUUUUAUAUUUUUUAAAUAUUUUGCAAAGCAUCAAGAAAAACAAAAAAUUAAAGCAAGUCUCAGAACAAAAUGUUUGUUAUAAAACUUACGUCAACGGAUUUAAUAUUAGUUCAGGAAAUGCACUAAAUUCUAUAGACAUUGGCAUUUCUAGGCAAAAGAUUUAACGGUAUGAUUUAGUGAUUUCGUUGGGAAGUUUAGGGCAACGACAUUUUUGAGAAACUUUUUGCAAGAAGAAAGAAUCUUUUAACCCUAACGUCUUUAUCUUCAAAUUUCUUAACCACUACAUACCAAUUAAAAUGUGAUAAAUCAUGAAAUAUGAAAAGCAAUUUUAAAAAUUAAGAAACAAAAUAUAAAU